AGCCAAUGGAACAACCUUUUUAAUUCUCCCUCCACAAUAGGUUCACCACUUGCCUGGUCAGGCUCUGUAUCUUCCCCUCUUUUGGUGACUGUUCACGGCUCAACCUUGAUCAUUUCUACCAACCCAACAUUGAUCAUUUCCAGCUUUGACGAACAAACAGCAUCUUACUUGUAUCAAAAGACAAGAAGGAAUCCAUCGAAAUGCCGGGCAUUCUUCCCUUGGUGGUUAUGGGCCUGCUCUUUCUGGGCAUUGUAGGCGCUGCCAUCUACGAGACAGUCCACGCAACCCAGCUGUCCCUCCCAACCAGCCCUCUCACCAUUCCCGUGCUUCUCCUACCCCUCCUGGCCCUCGCCAACACCGUCUUCGCCGUACGCAGCACCGCCCUCCGCCUCCGCGCCCGCGGAGACCACGCCACCGCCAAGCCGUUCCCGCCGCACCCAACCACGCUCGUCACGGUGCUGCAGAUAGUCCAGGCCAUCAUCGCAGCCGUGCUUGCGACCCUGCUGGCAGCAACCCCGGCCGUCGACUCGUGCCUUCUCGAGCAGAGGUGGCAACGCAUGUAUAGCGCGCACGACGGCGACGGCAUCCGACGCAUUCAGGACGUCCUUGGCUGCUGCGGCUUCAACUCGCCGCGCGAUAGGGCCUGGCCGUUUCCGCAUGGGAGAGGAGGUCAGCAGACGAGGUGUGAGGAGGCCUGGGGCAGGCAUGGGAGUUGCCGGGAGCCUUGGACGGGUGCGAUGAGGGUUGGUGUGGGUGUUGAGUUGGGGGUUGUGGCUAUUGUGGAGAUUGUGCAGGUUCUCAUCUUACUCGUUCUUACUGGCUUCCCUUAUGUGAGACGAGGCCUCUGGUACAUCAUGAACCAUCAGACGCACCGCCGCGAGUAUCCAGUCCACAACGCCUGGCGUGAGCGCUGUCCUCACGACCGAGAGCGCAACCGAGCCCUGUACAGGGAUAGGCCUCUGCUCGCCGACCAGGAGGACUCGGAUUCCGAAUCGAAUGGUCAGGAAGAUGAGGCUGAUAAUGAGCAGCAAUGUAAUCAUUGCGGACGGAAAGGAGGUGAUGCUGAACAGACGCAGCAGCAGCAGCAGCAGCAGCAAUCGGGCAACAACUUGCUGUCUCUAGACUCGUCGAUCGUUCCAAACGUGUGGAGAGUGGACAAUUGA